CAUGACAAGAGCUGUGCCUAAAGAAGGAGAGCCCAAUGGGGCCAUUGCAGGUCCUGAAGAGACAAAAGUGGAGGAAAUGGAAGAGAGAGGCCAGUGGCGUAGCAAAGUGGAGUUUGUGCUGUCUGUGGCGGGGGAGAUCAUUGGUCUGGGUAACGUGUGGAGGUUCCCAUACCUCUGCUACAAGAAUGGUGGUGGAGCCUUCCUCAUCCCUUACCUCAUCUUCCUCUUCACCUGUGGGAUCCCCCUGUUCUUCCUGGAGACGGCGCUGGGGCAGUACACGAGCCAGGGAGGGGUCACUGCCUGGAGGAAGAUCUGUCCCAUCUUUGAAGGAAUUGGAUAUGCCACACAAAUCAUUGAGUGGUAUCUGAAUAUUUACUACAUUGUCAUCUUGUCCUGGGCACUCUUCUACCUGUUCAGCUCCUUCAAUUCAGUGCUACCAUGGGCUAGCUGCAAUAACCCCUGGAACUCAGAUCUCUGUGUGGACAUUCUGAAUAGAUCCAGCCUGGACAACAGGACCUUGCCUGCGAACGCCACCUCCUCAAUGAUUGAGUUUUGGGAGAAGCGAGUCCUGGGGCUCACGGAUGGUAUUCACAAACUGGGCACUGUGCGCUGGGAGCUGGCUCUGUGUCUCCUGCUGGCGUGGAUCAUCUGCUACUUCUGCAUCUGGAAAGGGGUCAAGUCCACAGGAAAAGUCGUUUACUUCACUGCCACCUUCCCAUACGUGAUGCUCAUCAUCCUGCUGGUGCGAGGAGUCAUGCUGCCGGGUGCUGCCGAGGGGAUCAUCUUCUACCUGAAGCCAGACAUUUCCAGGCUGGCAGACCCGCAGGUCUGGAUGGAUGCAGGCACUCAAAUCCUCUUCUCUUAUGCCAUCUGCCAGGGAUGCCUGACAGCUCUGGGCAGCUACAACAAAUACACCAACAACUGUUACAGGGACUGCAUCAUGCUCUGCUUCCUGAACAGUGCCACCAGCUUUGUUGCUGGCUUUGCCAUUUUCUCAGUGCUGGGCUUCAUGGCUCGAGAGCAGGGCAUACCCAUUGCAGAAGUUGCUGAAUCAGGUCCUGGCCUGGCUUUCAUAGCCUAUCCAACAGCAGUAACAAUGAUGCCCGUGUCUCAGCUCUGGUCCUGCCUCUUCUUCCUCAUGCUGAUCUUCUUGGGACUGGACAGCCAGUUUGUCUGUGUGGAAAGCAUGGUGACAGCUAUUAUUGACAUGUUCCCAGGAGUGUUUCGGAAGAAGGGGCGUCGGGAGCUGCUGAUCCUGGCCAUUGCAGUCAUAUGCUACCUGCUGGGCUUACUGCUGGUCACUGAGGGUGGCAUGUACAUCUUCCAGCUCUUUGACUACUAUGCUGCCAGUGGCAUGUGCCUGCUCUUCCUGUCUGUUUUUGAAGUCAUCUGUAUAGGAUGGGUGUAUGGUGCCGACCGCUUCUACGACAACGUUGAGGACAUGAUUGGUUUCCGGCCUUGGCCCCUGAUCAAGAUCUGCUGGCUGGUGUUCACCCCGGGUCUGUGCUUGGGUGUCUUCCUGUUUUCCCUGAUCAAGUACACACCCUUGAAAUACAACAAUUCCUACGAGUACCCAGCCUGGGGCUACGUGCUGGGCUGGCUGAUGGCACUCUCCUCCAUGGUCUGUAUUCCUCUCUACGCCAUCUUCAUCCUCCUGAAGACCAAAGGACCGCUGAAGCAGCGGCUGAUGCAGCUGAUUUCCCCGGCAGAGGAUCUGCCGCAGCCGAAGAAGCACGCGGCGGGGCUGUCCGAACCGAGGCGCCAGGGAUGGUCUCCUCCGAUCCAGGAGGUGCUCAGCAUCACAGAGAGAGAAACCCACUUCUAAGGCAGACUGAUUUGCUCUCUCCUUCCCAAAGUGGUUUGUUUUCUCUCCCGGGCACUUCCCUUCUCUCCUUCACGCCUGAGACAGAAGCAUCUGGGACACCCUCUCCUUCCAGCCAGCUGGUCGCACCCACUGGGGACAGUAUUUCUUUUGACACCCUGGGGACAACUCACCCUGCCAGUAGCUGGGAAGACUGCAACAUGCUUUUGUUAGAAGUGUCCUUCAGUACUGACAUUGGUUUGGAAGAGAAAAACAACACA